UAUGAUCUAAGAAUAUUAAGUUGGGGUAGCAAUCAUUGUUGCAUACUGUAUUGUUAAUAUUUGUAUGGGAAUGAAGAAAUGUAUGUGUACUAAGAGGAAAACAAAUUACAUUGCUUUUAGCUUUUCAGUGGGUGAAAGAAGCAUAACCAUUAACACACUAGAGUCUUUAAGAAGCAGUCUGGGGAUGUUACUCUCUAAAAAUACAGCAAACAUUUUGUUGAUUUAAUAUGAUGGGGCGUACAGAUGGUGGAUAAAGGUGCAAAUGAGUGCCAUUAAAAGCAUUUCAGUCAACUUAUAGACUGAAAAGGUCAAACAGGAAGUUAAAGAAAAUUGGCAAAGAUUGUGGGAAAAAGAAAGAAAGGUGCAGAGGCUUUGCAAAAUUCAAAAGAACAUAGGAGAAGUAAAUAGCACAGGAAGAAAGAGGAGGAAAGAAACAAUUAUAUCAAGGCUUAGAUUUAACAGAACCCUUAAAUCCUCUAAAACAAACUACUUAAAAAGCUCAUUAUCCAUGACAGGGAAGCAUAGGGAUAAAUGCGAUUAGUUUGUUGGUUGCAGCAGUUGGUUGCAUACAGAGGAUGUUACAUUUACUGCAAUAAUCAUGAGGAAAACAGAACACAAUUGAUUCAAAAAAUAAAAAAACAUGAACUGGAGAUUCCCCCCCUUCUUGUUUCUAAGGAUCCUGGAGCUGCAGCUCUGUGCAGGGAAGGCAGGGAUACACCCUGGACAGGUCGCCUGUCAAUCAUGAUGCUAAACUGGAGGGUAUUACUAAAGAAAAAUAAUCACAAGUUAAAAGUUAUUCUUAUUUUGUUAUGCAAGACACACUCGUUUUUUUUUUUAUAGCAUCACAAUCUAGGAGGACAAACUAAUUUGUCUGAAGGGAUUUAAGGUUUUUUUUAAGCGCUAUUCCACAUCCGUACCAACAGGGGGCGGUACUGCGCCACAUCGUUAUCCGCCAGCAGCCAAUCAGCGCUCAGCAGAAGGAGAAAGCCGGAGACACUAAACAUGGCGGCAACAGCAGAGAAGUCGACGAAGGAGCGAUUACUCUCUGUUCUGGAUGAUUUGGAGGUUUUAUCCAGGGAGCUGAUCGAGAUGUUGGCUCUGUCCAGAGGACAGAAACUCCCCCAGCAGGGAGAAGACACGCAGGUCCUGGAGCUCCUGGUGCAGAGGGACGGUGAGUUUCAGGAGCUGAUGGAAGUGGCCCAGCAGCAGGGAAAGGUUCACGAGGAGAUGCAGCAGCUGGAAAAGGAGGUGGAGAAAAGAGACAGCGACAUCCAGCAGCUCCAGAAACAGCUGAAGGAAGCCGAACACAUCCUGGCCACUGCAGUUUACCAGGCAAAAGAGAAGCUUAAAUCCAUUGAUAAAGCCAGGAAAGGAAGCAUCUCAUCAGAAGAAAUUAUUAAGUACGCUCACAGAAUCAGUGCCAGUAACGCUGUGUGUGCGCCGCUCAACUGGGUGCCAGGAGAUCCACGGAGACCGUAUCCCACGGACCUGGAAAUGCGCAGCGGGAUGCUGGGACACAUGGCCAACCUGCCGACCAACGGCGUGAACGGACAUCUGCCAGGGGACGCUCUGGCUGCUGGGAGGUUACCAGACAUCCUGACGCCUCACUACCCCUGGCAGUCUUCAGACGUCUCCGUGGGGAUGUUACCUCCUCACCACGGCAACGACUUUGGCCUGGAGCCCCCAGGCCACAACAAGGAGAACGAGGACGAUGUUGAGGCCAUGUCGACGGAUUCCUCCAGCAGCAGUAGCGACUCGGACUGAAACAUGGGAGGACUGUUUGUGUGUUUAACAGAGAGGUCACUGUUGAGCAGCAUCUGAGCGUCACAUAGACAUUUCCUCAGGACACACUCAUGGACAAAAUCCAUCUCUUCUGUCGAAGGCCUCGACUCAUCUUCUGCAGAGAGUUUUCACCCUACUUUAGUCGUGCAAGAGGAGAAAUGCAUUUCUGUGGAUUUGAUUAUCUUGGUUUCAGUCAAUGGUGUUCGUAAUAUUUACAAUUUAAAUUCCCCCCCAAAAUCUGGUUCUGCACUUCAGUUUACACACGACAAAACCAUUAUCUCGGUCACUGAUGGCUCUGCUUGGUCAGACACCUGUGCUGUGCCGUUUUACUUUGGCAUCUUGUCACUUGUACCCUUGAUUUGACUGUAGCCACUGGCUUAACUUUUUUGUGCUGUUACGAAUCCAGAAUUACAAAUAUAAAUGAUUAUAGGAACAGUGAAGGGAAAGAGGCCGUGCUGCUGUGCUAAAUUGUAAAGGCUGUGCAUUCAAGGACUCCUUAAGACCAUAAAAAUCAGAUGCAGUAUAUCUACAGUUUGCUUGUAUGUUUGGAACAGGACACUGUUUCUUAGAUUUUUGAGCAUCAAAUCUUCAUGUUCGCAUACAUUCUUUUCAUUUAACAUUUAUUUAACUGAUAAAACAAUCUUUUCUUCACUAUCAUAUUUAAAAACAAAUUGAUUGAAUAAUUGGAAAGUUUAAUAGUAAAGAUUAAGAUGUAGAAAAAAAUGCAACCAAAUACAAAUACGCUUGAUUGAAAAGACAAUAAAUGACAUGCUGUAUAAGUAGAUUCAGGAUAAACGUGCUCUUUGAUGACCCAAGUAUUUAACUGCACGUUUUGAGUUGUUUUUUUGUUUUCAUGUGAUGUAACCAGGAUAUUUGUGUUUAAGUCAUUGGAUAAUAACUGGCUAAAAUGCUGUGUAAAUAAGAUUGUACAUAUUGAACCUUGUAAAUAAGCACCUUUUUGAAUAAUAAAAAGAA